AUGGAGCCUGUCCACCGCCGAGUUCUUCAGAAGCUCCGUCUGUAUUUAUGCGAGGAGCUGCUGGUGUCCGAAGGCGUGCUGUCCUUUUUGUAUCAGGAGGAGGUCGUGACGGCCGCGCAGGCGAACGACGUUUUGGCCGAGAGCAGCGAGAGGAAGCGCUGCCUGAAGCUGCUGGACCUGCUCCCCCAGCGCGGCCCCGGGGCUUUCGCCGCCUUCCUCGGAGCUCUCGACGACUUCGCCUGGGUCAGACAACGACUGCUGCGGGAGGAGCAAACCCUGAGGAACGUCCGGUCCCCAUCUCCCGAAUCUCCCACGUCCGCUGACGCCGGUAUGACGUCGACGCUCUGUACUGCAGUGUUUUUCAACCACUCCGGCGUGGAAAUCCCGUCGGAUCGGCAACUUUCGCGUCUGGCGUCCGCCCUGGGCGCCGAGUGGGAGUCGGUGGCGACGGACCUGGGCGUGUCGCCCGCCGCCCUCUUCCGUUGCCGCGCCGACCACGCCCUCUGCUGCCGCGACGCCGCGCUGGCCGCGCUCUUGCUCUGGAGACGAUCGCAGGGGAAGAAGGCCACCGCGCGGAGACUGCGGCAAAGUCUGCGGGCCGCCGGCGUCCACCCGUCGGUCCUCGACGACGUCGCCACGCCGUGA